AUGGAGGACGCGCAAGCCACCGCAAAAUGGGCAAACCGUGUCCUGCGCCCCUUGACCUCCAUCUGCCGUCGAAUCGCAAAGCACAAAGAAACGUUAUCGAUCAUUGCGACCGAGUCGAAACCACAAGAAACUGCAGAGGGCAGUGAUGUGUCUAAUUUGGAAACAGACCACAAACCAGAAAGCCAGAGCAACUGCUCAGGCUCGGAUGCGGAUCCGGACGAAAACGACCCAGCUUGGAUUCCAGGGAAAAAGCCCGAGCGACGUCGACCCAGACACAAGUAUUCGUCGAAAGCAGAGGAUACUGGAGGCAAAAAGCGCAACAGACUAUCAAUACACAGCCCGGAAGCCCCACGCAUUCUGCCCGGCGCUAUUGAGGUCGCGACACCACUCAUCACUGGAAGGAGAUGGGAGAUGCCCUCGAUUGCACAGUCAGAACGCCCAGAAGGCCAAGUCAACCCUAAUACCCAACUAUCACAGCCGCAAGUCUUCCGUGAUCGAUAUUCGCUCCACAAGAGCCCUUGGCAAGAACUUCUCGACCAGUCUGGUGAUCCGGGCUUCGCCGACAUAGCACACAACCUUGAUCGCGUCUUCCAAAAUUUCCUUUGCAACACUAUGAUAUCCAAGCAAGAAGUGAAGCCCUUAUCCGAAAGCAGCAGGCGUGGUGCCCGAUCCUUGCUGUCUAUGGUGGCACGAAGUCUGCCUGAAUUUAUUGCGAGCGAACAAGAAGCACAGGACGAAUUGGACGAGAACGGGGACGAAGAUAUGUGCGAUGCAUAUUUUACAGAAUUGGAAGCAUUUUAUGCGCCGUAUGGGACAGGGUGGAAGCCACUCCGCGAGGCAGUCCGCGCACAGGGUAUCUACUUGGUUUCUACCCUGAUACAGAAUCAUUGGAUAACAGAUUCGAUUGCCUGCGCACUGAUUGAGAAAUGUCGUUCCUUUGCGCCCGAAGAAAGUGACUCAUUGCUCUCUAAAUUGCUUUCCACACGCAAAAAUUACCCAUACCCCCAGGCUUUAAGGCCAGUGGUUGACCAUGACCCUUCUGAUCCGAUCCGAUUGUUACGCAAAUAUGCUCAUCAUGGUGUUGCCAAUCGCUCUUAUAUCUUUGACGAACUUGCAAAGCUUCUCUUGCGGGGAGCGCUACCCCCAGAAUGGAUGGGAACCAAGCUAUGGACUAGCUGGAUGACACGAGCAACGAUAUCCCUUUCGAAAGAGGAUAAAGACUGUCCUGCAGCUACGCGGUUGAUUGAAGCUGUGAUUCUUUCAGCUAGUGAUGUCCGCCAUGUCACCGCUGCUCAGAGUCCCACGCCAAAAUUCCAUGUGAAGGGAAAGACUGCUCGUGCUCGUGCGACCAGGGCUGCCUCCACCACAGCGUGGGAAAUCUCAAAUCUCGCGCGGCCUUGUCCCUUGCAAGUGGAGGACGCAUUGAGCAAUCACGUUAUAAGCCUCAUGGCAGCGCUCUGCGGCAUGCACAUUUCACGGUCUCGUGCCUCCAAUGACGCUGAUUGUGCGGAUGGAACGAAGGCGAGCUACAUUACAAGCUAUCUCCAAAUAGCUCUGCGACGAGAACUGGAGCCAAAUUCCGUCGCACGGCGGCCUGAUAACACCCCUCAUCAAUUGUUACGGCGUGGCUGCAUUUUACUGGCCACCAGCCUUGUACAGUGCAACGACGAAAUUUUAUUGAAGAAAUAUCACUAUGUGAUGGCGUCAACAGCCAGUGUUGAUAAAUGUGCAGAGAUUAUAGCAUCUCAUUCAGACAUGGUUAGAGAGUUAGCAUUGUUUGUGCACCAAGCGUUUCGCUGCCUCAGAAAAAGCGCAGAAGAUGAAACCGAACAUACUAGCGGCGAAAUACGUGACAUGGUUUCGCAACUGGCACGCUUAGCCGAUACGCCGGGUUUGUCCGCCUUGCUUGGGCGAGUAGCAGCGGAAGCUGCCAUGGAGUUUGCAGAAGCUACAGGAGAUCCCGAUGACCACAUGUGGGCCGUUGAUGUUCAAGAGACGGCCGUGACAAAACAGCGCAAGGAAGAGACUGCCCAAAGGUCUUUAGAACAACCCGAGGAAUCUAGCCAGAGUACGGGCCUGUUCCGUUGGGAAGAUAGCAUAGGCGAAUGGGUGGCAUCCACGCCAGCGACCAAGGGAAAGCCCAUCCUAGUCCAAAAGGCCCAAAGACCUAUGCGCAUGCUAUCAAGCCCAGUGCCCUGUAUCGCUUCUUCUACAGACACAGAUAGCAGCUCACCUGCGUCUGAUCGCUUCCAAGACUCUGUCUCAAAUUUGCCCUCAUCUCCCCUGCCGGUGGCGACCAAGCGAACUUUGGAGGACACCGAGGUUUCAUCCAUACGGCCUAGAAAACGACAACGACCCACUCCUGUGGUUGUAGUUGACAGGGGUGGAAACAGCCCCCAAAAACGUUCUCCUAGCCCGACUAGAUACAAUCCUACUGUGGAACCAGUCACUCGCCGAGGCAUCUUGCGAGAGCGCAGCACCAAUCUGACUAGACGGAUGACCCCCGCAACACAACAGGCACGGAAGGUUGAAGUCGUGAUCAUCAAUCACAAAGAAAGCAGCCCACGCCAGCCUAUUGUUCGGCCCACUUUGGAGCGUGCUGCGAAGCAAAUCCAUCGUACGGUACAGAGACGAAGGUCGACGCGCCCUUCGGUUUCAACUACGCGUCGUAUUGUUGAGCCGCCGACACCUCGACAAACGGUCAUUCCAUGUUACCAGGAUGGCGACAGUGAUGAUGAGCUCAGCUUUUUCUGA